CUUUCCGUCAAUCUUUAUUAGAUACAAGUAUGAAUUAGUAUUAUAUUUUAUAUAUUCAAUUAUGUAUAUUUAAUAAUUUAAAGCUUUUCACGUGAUCACACGGUAAGGUCGUGCCCCAUCCAAUUUGUACUCAGUCUCACUUUUGCCACUAGUAAAGACCCAACCUCAAAGUGAACGUCUAAUACAGGAGGAUAAGAUCUCUAUAACUAGUAAUAUUAAACCAUUGACAACAAACAAACAGAUAAUGAGUACUGAAGAAACCGAUCCACUUUUGGCGGCCUUAAAUUCCGAACAAGGAAAUGGAGAAACAACAGCACCACAAACAACAAGUGAACCAGUAGAUCCUCAACGAGAACAAGCAUUAAGAAAAUUCAAGGAGAAGUUAGUAGAUCAUAGAAAUUGGGAUGCUAAGUUAAAGGAACUUAGACUUCAUAUUCGAGAUUUAGAUAAAGAUUAUGAUAAAACAGAAAAUGAUAUAAAAGCAUUACAAUCUGUCGGACAAAUAAUUGGUGAAGUAUUAAAACAAUUAGAUGAUGAUAGAUUUAUUGUUAAAGCAUCAAGUGGUCCACGUUAUAUUGUUGGAUGUCGUAAUACAAUUAAGAAAGAAAGUUUAAAAAAUGGAGUUAGAGUAUCAUUAGAUAUGACUACUUUAACAAUUAUGAGAAUUUUACCUCGAGAAGUUGAUCCAUUAGUUUAUAAUAUGACAACUUUUGAACCUGGUGAAAUAUCUUUUAAUGGUAUUGGUGGUUUAAAUGAACAAAUCAGAGAAUUAAGAGAAGUUAUUGAAUUACCUUUAAAAAAUCCCGAAUUAUUUAUAAGAGUUGGAAUUAAACCUCCAAAGGGAGUUUUAUUAUAUGGUCCACCUGGUACUGGUAAAACACUUUUAGCUAAAGCAGUUGCUGCCACAAUUGGAGCUAAUUUUAUUUUUUCACCAGCUUCAGCAAUUGUUGAUAAAUAUAUUGGUGAAUCAGCUAGAUUAAUCAGAGAAAUGUUUGCUUAUGCUAAAGAACAUGAACCUUGUAUUAUAUUUAUGGAUGAAGUUGAUGCAAUUGGAGGUCGUAGAUUUAGUGAAGGUACAUCUGCUGAUAGAGAAAUUCAAAGAACUUUAAUGGAAUUAUUAAAUCAAAUGGAUGGUUUUGAUACUUUAGGUCAAACUAAAAUUAUUAUGGCAACCAAUAGACCAGAUACUUUAGACCCUGCAUUAUUAAGAGCUGGUAGAUUAGAUAGAAAAAUUGAAAUUGCUUUACCAAAUGAAGCUGGUAGAUUAGAAAUUUUUAAAAUUCAUACAGCUAAAGUAUCUAAACAAGGAGAAUUUGAUUUUGAAGCAUUAGUUAAAAUGAGUGAUGGAUUCAAUGGUGCUGAUAUAAGAAAUGUAAUUACUGAAGGAGGUUUCUUUGCCAUCAGAGAUGAUAGAGAUUAUAUAACUCAAAAUGAUCUUUUGAAAGCUGUAAGAAAAGUUGCUGAUGUAAAGAAACUAGAAGGUAAAUUAGAUUACGAAAAAUUAUAGU